GCAAUUUGGGUGUUGCGUAUGUGCGGUGCCUGGUAAUCAAACACGGUGAUCAGGAGUAAUUUCUGUCAUUACUGUUGAUAAAUAUCGUUUUUUAACUCAAAAUGGCAAUGGAAGAGGCGGAUGUUGAUCAAAGACUGAGAGGCUAUCAGAGAGAAUAUCUAGACUUUCUCGACGACGAGGAAGACCAAGGACGUUAUUCAAAAUUAGUUAAGGAUAUGGUCGCUGAUAAACGGAGACGGUUGGUUGUUAAUAUAAAUGAUUUGCGGAGGAAGAAUCCGUUGAGGGCAACAAGCUUAUUGAAUAACCCAUUCGAAGAACAAAUAGCAUUCCAGGCAGCAUUGAAGGAGUAUGUUGGAAGCAUUGAUCCAACAUAUGCAAAAGAAGUUGAUGACUUUUUUGUUGCAUUUGAAGGCAGUUUUGGCAGCAAGCAUGUGACGCCACGAACACUACUUAGCCGGUUCCUUGGUAAUUUGGUGUGUGUUGAAGGCAUUGUGACAAAAUGUUCGCUGGUCCGACCCAAAGUUGUUCGAAGUGUGCAUUAUUGCCCAGUUACAAAAAAGACCUUGGAAAGAAGAUAUACUGACCUGACAUCUUUCGAUGCAUUUCCAUCAAGUGCUGUUUAUCCGACAAAGGAUGAAGAUGGAAAUCCACUGGAAACAGAGUAUGGUCUUUCAGUUUACAAGGAUCACCAAACAUUAACAAUUCAAGAGAUGCCAGAGAAAGCUCCUGCAGGUCAGCUGCCGAGAUCUGUGGAUGUCAUUUGUGAUAAUGACCUCGUGGACAUUUGUAAGCCAGGAGACCGAGUACAGAUAGUAGGCAAUUAUCGUUGUUUACCAAGCAAACAGGGUGGAUUCUCUAACUGCACAUUCAGGACGAUUUUGAUUGCUAACAACAUUUCACCAUUGAGCAAAGAGAACACACUUGCCUUGUCACGAGGUGAUGUGGCCAAAUGUAGAAAGCUUGUAAAUGCAAAGAGCACUGGUGAUAUUUUUGAACUACUUAGCAAAUCUCUGGCACCAUCAAUUCAUGGACAUGAAUAUAUUAAGAAAGCAAUUUUGUGUAUGCUGUUGGGAGGUGUAGAAAAAGUAUUACCUAAUGGAACAAGACUGAGAGGAGACAUAAACGUUCUUCUUAUUGGAGAUCCCAGUGUUGCAAAAUCUCAGUUACUCAGAUAUGUGCUAGCUACAGCUCCCAGAGCUAUACCGACGACAGGACGAGGCUCAACAGGAGUUGGUCUAACGGCUGCCGUCACCACAGAUCAGGAGACUGGUGAGAGAAGGUUAGAAGCUGGUGCUAUGGUUUUGGCUGAUCGUGGGGUUGUCUGUAUUGAUGAAUUUGACAAGAUGUCAGACAUAGAUCGUACAGCUAUUCAUGAAGUCAUGGAACAAGGAAGAGUCACUAUUGCGAAAGCUGGAAUACAGGCUCGUUUGAAUGCUCGUUGCUCUGUACUUGCAGCAGCAAAUCCAGUUUACGGAAGGUAUGACCAGUACAAAACUCCAAUGGAGAAUAUUGGUCUUCAAGAUUCUCUUCUUUCACGUUUUGACUUGCUAUUUGUAAUGCUUGAUCUUGUGGAUGGAGAGCAGGACAACAGGAUAUCUGAUCAUGUAGUACGCAUGCACAGAUACAGGAACCCAGGAGAACAGGAUGGGGCGGUGUUGCCAAUGGGUUCAGCAGCUGACUUACUUGCUACCAACAAUCCAGAUGUGGAAGAGGAGGAUGAUAGUAACGCACCAAUCUAUGAAAAAUAUGAUGCACUUCUACAUGGAAACACAAGAUCACGAAAGGACAAAAUUAUUAGUGUGAAAUUUAUGCGUAAAUAUAUACAUAUUGCAAAGAUGAUGAAGCCUACCCUAACAGAAGAAGCUUCAAAUGUAAUCUGUGAGGAAUAUUCAAAGCUUCGCUCUCAGGACAGUGUAGAAAAUGAUGUUGCCCGAACACAACCUGUGACAGCUCGUACAUUAGAAACUUUAAUACGUCUUUCAACAGCUCAUGCAAAGGCCCGACUCUCACGAACAGUGGAUGUGGAAGAUGCUCAAGCAGCCAUUGAGUUAGUGCAGUUUGCAUAUUUUAAGAAGGUCCUCGAGAAGGAGAAGAAGAGGCGGCGACAGAGUGAAGAUGGGGAUGCAUCAGCUGAUGAAAGUAGUGACGACAGGCCUAAGAAAAAAACACGCAAGGAGAAGAGUAAGAGACCCACGCCAAAGUCUGGGGAAGAGGGCCAUGACGUAUAUGAUGAUGUGACAGAUUCUGGAGAAGACGGUGAAGAAGAUGAAAGUGAAGCAGUGCAUCUGACAGAGCCAGGAAAUGCAGAAGAUAAAUCAGCACCACCAACUUCUUCUGCACCCAAGUCUCCUUCGAGAGGGGCAACUACUAUAUCUGAUGAGAGGUUCAAAUGUUUCAAAGCGAGCUUGGCAAAGGUGUUUAGAGAAGCUCGGACACAUUCAUUAUCGGUGGCCAGAGUGACGGAGUUUGCAAACAGUGAGCAGAGCACACCAUAUUCUCAAGAAGAAAUUAGUGCAGCAAUGGAUAAACUCUCAGAAGCAAACCAUAUUAUGGUUGCAGAUGACUUGGUACUUCUUAUCUAGAGAAAAUAAAAACAACAAUUUUAGUUCUGAACUGAGAGACUGUGCACACGCGUGCGUGUGUCACGUGGGGAGCACUUAGAUUACCGUAUUAAAAAUUUGAAUUGGGCUUUGUAUCACACAGUGUGACUUUUAUCAGAAACUGAAACAAAUUGUGGAAUUAAUUUAUUUAUGAGUGAUAACAGCAGUAGAAAGGAAGAUAAUGAAUAAAGGAGGAUAGUGAAGCAAAAAUAUGAAAGGCGAGGUGGAAACAAGAUUCUGGAACCAUAAUGAAGGAAACUAACUCCUUCGUCAAUAUGGUAGAAAAAAGUUUUUAAUGUAAUCAUUGCUUCAUUUUAUGUGUUACUAUUUAAUGGUACAUGAGAAGUAUCUGAUUGGUACUUUGAUGAACUUACCAUAUCUUUGAUAAUAUAAAUAUUUGUUAGAGCUCUAUGCUUUUACCUUCAAUAUUCUGUCACUCAAACAAUAAACAAUUAAUAUGCCUUCAAACCUAUCAUCUUAUUUUGUAACACAUUUCAUGUUAGUUAAGUGGAUGAAACAAGUGAAAUAAACUGGAAAUCAUGUAGGUAGUCUACUGACAAUGGUGCUAAUGGUAGGCAUAUGAAAUUUGUUCAUCUUAGUAUCCUAUGAAGAUAAAAGGGAAUUGUAGCCUUCACAGAAGUUAUGUUUUAGAGCAGUGAGAGAUUAAGUUGCCUUGACAUUUUUGGUGUCUGAAUCCAAGCUUUGUGUCAUUUAUGUUCUGCUGGGUUGUGUUAUCUACCAACCAACCGAAUCAUUUGUAUUAUCAUAAACUGAAUGUCACAGAACUUUCAUCUGUGCAGACCUUUCUGUUAUGAGUUGCCCAUAUAUACACUGUCUGUUCACAUUAAUGUGGCCACCUGUAUUAUACCUAAAUAGCCAAUUGUUGUAGUGCAGACUGCUGAGAGAUGUGCUGGAAGUGUCAGUGAGGUUCUGGAAGGUACCGACAUGGAAAUGGUGGUAUGUGGACUCCGCUGCUAUGAUCAGCUGUGCUCGGUUUCUCCCUUGAGGGUUCAUGGCAUGAACAGCCUGAUCAAGGUUGUCCCACAGAUUUUAGACUGUUUUUAAAUCCAGGAGUUUCUCAACUCGUCUUAUGAAGCACAUACACUUUGAGCUGUGCAACAUGUUGCAUUAUCCAGCUGGUAAAUGCCAUUGUGCUGAGGAAAAACACACUGUAUGCAGGGGUGGACAUGGUUUCCAAGGAUAGAUGCAUAUCUGUGUUGAUCCAUAGUGCCCUCCAUCCAAGAAUGCCAUGAAAACAUUUCCCAAAUCAUAACGCUCCCUCCUCCUUGGACCCUUAAAACAUAUGUUGCAGGGUGUUUGCUUUCAGACAUUUCGUGUCAGUGGAGCAUAAAAUUUGAUUCAUCUGGAAAGGCCGCCUGUUGUCAUUCAGACGUCCCGUUGCAGCCUUUGUCACUGAUGAACAGCAGUCAGCAUGGUUGCAUGAACGAGCCACUUGCUACAGAGGCCCAUAUGCAGCAACAUAUUCUGAAGGGUCAUUGACGAAGCCCCCAUAGUUCACCUGGGCAGUCAGUUAGUUGCACAUCUAUUCUCUCUCUCUCUCUCUCUCUCUCUCUCUCUCUCUCUCUCUCUCUCUCACACACACACACACACACACACACACACGCACGCCAGUCACCCCUGUCAUCUAUGGGCCACUGAUGCUUCGGCACCAGUUUUGCCAUGCAUGGUACACAUUAACUAUGGUGAUACACGAACAGUUUACGAACUUGGACAUUUCAGAAAUGCUACCACCCUUGGCCAAUGAGUAUGCCCUUUGAAUGUCAGAUAAUAAACACCAGUUCUGCAUUACAGCAAGGACUGCACUGUUUUCUGUGUGCCACUGACACGCUUAACAUACCCUCCAUUGCCAGGGCUGCCAUCUCCAUCUUUGAGUGGUUACUACAUGUUGAUGCCUAACAUAAGUGGUGGUCACUUUAAUGUGACAGGGUUUUAUAUAAAAGCCUUCAGCACACAGUACUUUUUUGAAAGGACAUCUCUCAAAAAAAGAAGCCCUUUUCCCUCUAAGUACAUCCUCUGGUAAAAGUACUGAUUAAGGAAAAUAACUACAAACUGUAUUUUCUUUUAGCAUCAUUCCUUCACCACUGUACCAUAAUUUGUGUACGUGUGUUGUAGAUGAAACAGGCCAGAAGUAUUCAAUUAUCCAGGUUACACAAGUAAGACAAGGACUUCCCAUUAACAUAUAAAGAAGAAAACAGUUGGUCAUAGUGACUUUUAAUUCGUCACCAGCUCACUUGCAAGAAAUAUUCAUUGUUCACUUCUGAGCUGACAGUUAUAGUUAGAGGUCUGCGCGGAUAAGGAAAGUGCAAUCCGCACUGCAUCCACAAGAUCCUAAUCCGCAUCCGCAUAUAUUUAAGUUUUGAAUGAGUAAUUAAUAGUAAUAGGCAGUAGUACUUAGAAUUAUGGUAUGUAAUGACAUAAUUAUUGUUAGGGUGCCAUUUCUGCGACAACUUAACUGCUUUUGUCUUCUUAAAUCACAGGAAAUUCUCUAUACCUAUUCUAAAGCAGACCAUUCCAAACAGGAAAGCACUGGCGCUCCGGAGCACACACAGUAGCAGCUCGGAUGUCGUGAGAUUGGAAACGCUAUUUACAAAAAAUAAAAUUCAAUGUAAUAGUAUUGAAUGAUGAAAAUAUGUGUAUAGAAACAAUUAUAUUUCGCUGCUCUUGUGCCAAGGCGGCUGAAAAUGACGAUGGUUUUAAACUGUUACUAGCACAUUGCAUCAUUUACUGGCAGUUUUUUUGUUCUCACUGCUUGGAUGUGUCAAAUUUUGAAGCCAUUCAUGUCAGCUGAUGAUUAUAUUAUAGCUUACGCCUUCAAUCCUCGUCAUUUCCAGGUGAAAAUAUUUACAGUAUUAGGCCUACGCUGCAAAACACUGGUGCACCUGUGAAAAAGUUAAACUGCCAGCAAUAAUUGACAUUGUCUGGAAGAAAUAAUUCGUCUUCUGAAGAGUGACAACAAAAUCAGUGGUUAUAGAAAUUAGGAGUGGUUGGAUGAGGUAGCAGUUCCUUAGCACUCACUGCAUUGUACUUGCCCCCCACAUCAAUAAGAAACUGUGCCGUCUCGAGAUACCCAGAUCCACACGCAACUUCAAAUGGUAAAAUGUCUUUGCUGACAAGAUUGAUAAGUUUUUAUGUCGCGGCUGUCUUCAAAUUUGGCAGAACUUCAGGUACUUUCACGUCUCUCUUGGUAUUUAAAUAAGUAAUUAUGCUACUUUGUCCAGCCUCACACGAAUGUUUUAGCAAAUUUGAAGUUCCACUUUUGUGUCCAGUGUAGGAACAUACUUUUCUACAUGCAAAACAAGCCACUAUAUCUUUUAUCUUUUCGUUGCCAUCAAAUACGUAUCCGAAUUUUUUUCCAAAUUGGCGAUUUCAAUUUGUUUUCCACCACUAAUGUAAAAUCACCUUUUUUCACCUUACACGAAAUUGUAUCCAUCGAUAUGGUGAUCAUUUGAAGAAAGAACUCUCACUGAUAUUUGCUACGAUGCACGUUGUCACUCGGUCGCUACAAAGCGCUAACUGAAGUCAGCGGAAAAUUGCAACAGGCACCUGUCUGGUAGACAGUGGGCAGGUUUGCCACCCAGAGAGCACUUCACAGGCCACACAAAAGACACGGUCUCGGAAACGGAUUAUGUGCAGGUCUCUUGGGUACAGCUACGUCGGUCGCAGUCAGGGGCUAAGGACAACAGAUAUCCGCUCUACCCAGGCCGUGCAAGAUUCCAAGAAUGUCAACAGACUUGAAGUUUUGAACUAACAUUGCAACAUACGUACUGGGCAGGUGCCUUGCUCAUUAUCCACAGAUGACCUGCAUAUCCGCACCGGUCGCGAUUUUAUCCACCAAGUAACAAAUACCGCGGAUAUCCGCGCAGACCUCUAGUUAUAGUGAAUGUGCACAGAAAAUAGCCUUAGCAUCUUCUGUUUUCAGGAGAGCAUUGCAAUACAGCACAUUGAUUUCAUUAAGUUCCUCCCCAGCAGUCAUAUUCCUCAGGCUCUUACCUGUCUUUUAUUGCUAUAGCUUUGUGUAGCUAUAUCUCUCAUUGCUUCUAUUUUAUGCCCAUGACCAUUAUCUUGUUGCUAAGAAUUAAUUUCUUAACCACUUGCUUGGAUUUCAUGUGCUGUGUGUUACUGUAACUUUCCUCAUCUCGAGUCAAUUUCGUGAAUAGCUUGGUUCUUCCCUUCACCUUUUCUGUUUGCUUUCUCACCAGCUAACUGAAAAACGAACCUGUGAUUUAGAAAGGUUAAAUUUGAUAUCCAUCUUGUUUUCAAUUUCAUCACCCUGUCGGUGUAUAAGAGUGAACAAAUAUUUGAAUUAUACAUCCUCAUUCAUUUAAAGUUUCAUCAAAUACCAAUUUGAACAUGGCUGUUGAAAAGCCACUGCAGUUAGAGUUGUCGUUUCAUUGAAGUAGCAGUGACAACUUUCUUCACUGAAAUGAGAGAAAAACAGUAAAGGAGGAGGUAACUUUGAAUGUUCAGAAGGUAGACGUAUUGGUGAAACCUAUAAGAAAAGAUUGUAAAUCCAAGGGAUUAAUCAGACUCAUAAGGAACAAUUACAGCCUGUUCUCUCUCUCAGAAGCAAUUACUGAAAAUAACUAUGUAUCGUCAGUAUGUAAUGAAUGUUUUGUUUGGGUGGCACUCAUGUAUGUCUCGUAAAAUUUAUCUGUAUAGCCAUUCUGGCAGUGAAACAAAUCCUCAAUUUUAAAUUCUGUUUUGGAAUAUUGGAUCACUAUUUUAAGUUAAAAUUAUAAAAAUAAAG